AUGCUCCAAAGUGAAUUUGACAUCGAAUAUGUUACUGAGAAAUCAGUCAAGGGGCAAGCAAUUUCAGAUAAUUUAGCUAAACAUGCCUUACCUGACUACAUCCCCAUCAAAACGGAUCUCCCUCAUGAGGACCUCUUUGUCAUUGAGGAUCCCACUUGGGAGUUAUACUUUGACGGGGUUAGGAAUGAAUAUGGCACUGGUGUAGGAGUCAUCCUAUGCACUUCAGAGAAAAAAAUGUUUCCAACCGCCAUAAGGCUCAAUUUUUCCUGCACAAGCAAUGCUGCAGAAUAUGAAGCUUUAAUAGCUGGUCUCGAGAAUGCCUGUGAACUCCAAAUUGAACAAUUACGGGUCACGGGAGAUUCUUUGCUUGUAAUAAAUCAAAUUAACGAAGAAUGGAAAGUUAAAGUCAAAAAGCUUCAGCUCUACUGGGACUCAGUUGUAAAGUUGUCAAAAUGCUUAAAAAAAGCAACCUUUCAACAUGUGACUUGGGAAAACAACCGGUUCACCAAUACUUGGGCCACUCUCACAUCAAUGGUGGAUAUUCAUCCCCAAAUGAGUGUCCAACCAUUCUACAUUAGACACAAGAGUGAUUCUUCUCCUCCCAAGAUGGAGUUGGAAGAGUAG